UAGGGCUGAGCAGGAAGUGCCUGACUGUGGACCCUGGUCGAGAAAAAAAGAGCCAAGAAAAAAGGCGAAAGCAAUUAAAAAUGGAAAUGGUGGCAGACUUGGGGGCGAGUAGACUCUAUCGGGCGCCGGGUGAAUCAAGUCACCAACAGCCUCAGAGGUGGUUCAACACAGCAGACAUCACAGUGGCUCACCAAAGCAGCCUGCUGAAGCAGCUCAACCAGCAGCGGCGCCAGGAGCUUUUCUGUGACUGCAGCGUGCUGGUGGAGGGCCAGCUCUUUAGAGCCCACCGCAACGUCCUGUUCGCCAGCAGCGGCUACUUCCGCAUGCUGCUGUCCCAGGGGCCUGGCGUGCUGUCCGACUCUGUCAACGCCACCUUUGACGUCUUCAGCCCCGAGACCUUCACCGUCAUCCUGGAUUUCAUCUACUCGGGCCAGCUGGAUCUCUCCAGUCACAAUGUGAUUGAGGUGAUGUCUGCAGCCAGCUACUUGCAGAUGAACAAUGUCAUCAACUACUGCAAGAACUUCAUCAAGUCCUCUUUGGACAUCAGUGUAAAGGAUGAAGACAGCGAACGCUGCCUCAGUUUGUCUGAAACUUGCAGUUUCACCAGUGCAGCAGGAGAAGAGACGUCAGAGCAGCAGCAGCAAGGCCCCAGCUCUGUCAGCCCACCGCCCGCACUCUGGACCCGGGACAACUCCAGAUCCCAGUCUAGUUUUAUGGGAAAGGACCCAGACCAGGAAUCAUCAGUCUCUGCCCUAAAGACUGACCCAAGCAGCCCUGCUGAUGAUCUCAAUGCAGAGGCAGAGGACCUGCACGACCCUCAGGACCCUCUGUACACCCUGCCUGGAUCAGAGCGCCGCAGAGGAAGAGGGGCAACCAAGAGGAGAGCAUCCAACAACACUCGCUCCCACCAACCCGAAGAUUUAGACAUCCAGGAGGCAAGGACGCAAAAGGCUGAAAAGGCUGAGGAGCUGUAUGCUACUCUACCGCCUAUUGUGGGUGUUAUUGGACACUUUAAUAAAGACUCCAACCCCAUCAUGCGCUUCAAAUGUCCCUUUUGCACACACACGGUGAAGAGGAAGGCAGAUCUGAAGCGUCACUUGCGCUGCCACACUGGAGAGAGGCCGUACCCUUGUCAGGCCUGCAAUAAACGCUUUACUCGCCUGGAGCAUCUUCGUAGCCAUUUUGAAACGAUCCAUCAAGCCAGGAAGCUAGUGUGCAGGAAGUGUAAGUGUCAGGUGACAGAGGAGACUGGGCAUGUGGUGUGCGAGGGCACACGACGUUACCGCAUGUGCACGGCGUGCAUCCAGGAAGUGGAUUGUGAUGACAUCCCCAUGGACAGUCUAGAUGGCGCCAAUGAGGAGCCGGCCCUGUUACUGGGGGUAGACGGGGAGGAGGAGGGGGACAGCAAGAGAAGCUGGAUGGUAAACGACGAUGAUGACCUGGCUGAAGACUCGGGGGCCGACCUCAUCAUCCAACAAGUAGAUGACAGUGACGAGGAGCUGCAGUGAAAUGGAACCAAAGUGUGUGUGUGUGUGUGUGAGUGUGUGUGAGAGAGAGAGAGCAAGUGAGUUAAAGCCAUGCCAGAGAAUUUAUGCAUAAAAUAUGCGAUCCGCUUAUGUAAAUACACAGUUAUUAUAUAUUAGUUGUCUAUUAGUUAAACUGGGUAAUUGUUACUUUCAAUGAGAUGUUGACCUUUGUAACAAAAUGGAAUGCUUUUUGUUAAGCUUCAUAAAUAUAUGCAGUAUCCAAAGCAUGCAUAUUCAGUGUUUCCUUUGUUUCAAUUACAGUUAAAUGAUUACUCUGCAAAUAUGUUUUUUUAUAUGCAUGGAGGUAAACCUUUGCUACUCUUCAGGACUCCGCUUUGGUAAAAGCUGGCAUUUGUGCAAGACAAAGUGACAGGAAAGUACAGUAAUUGUCAUGCUAUUUCCCUACUUCCUGUAGAGAAAGUCAAGAGCAGACGCUUUUCCUAUUUUUUUUCCCAAUUUUUUAUGAUUAUGUCUGAUUAUGAUGUGCACUAUUAUAUAAAAAACAAUUAUAAUUUAUUUCUUUUGUUUUUUACUUUUUGACACAUUAAAGAUAUUUUUUAUAUA